GUUUUCUCAAGGGGCGAUCAUUUUCCUCGCCAAUGUUGCUUUUCUCCGUGAAUCCUCAACGAUGGAAGGUCUCUCUAAUCCUCAAUUGAUCUUGGCUGGAAGGAUAUCCUCAUUUGUUUUGUUUGAACUGGUCCUCCAGCUCAUGAUUAGCUAUUGAAACUCUCUCGCUUUGAGGUGUAAUGCGUCUGUCAAGGCUGCAACGCCGUCACUAUACGGCGUUUCUUCUUCAUGCCAUGACGAAGUUGAAUUAGACACCUAAAAAUCACUCGAUCCGUACGCAGACAUUCAAGCCACAUAAUAUGACCAAAUAUUGCGCAAUCAGAUUCUUCCACGAGCGAUACUUGCCAUGCCUUGAAAGGAAACUGCGGAGGAGCUUUCCAGAUGAAACUAGUGUUCAAUUCCAUAGCCUUCUCUCGCUUUGGAUCGCAAGCAAGUUACAUGAGACGCCACCUUUAUCAAUCAGAAAACUUCAAAAUAUCGCCAAAAAGCUUAUCCCGGAUCAUUACUAUACGAAAAAAGACUUCAUAGAUGCGGUCAGUUCGCACAUUCCUAUUCAAAAUCAGAAACAGGAAAUUAAAUUUCUAGAGGCAAUCGAUUUUGACCUUAAGACCGGACCUCUUUUGAGCACGUACAUUGAAGAGCUUCUGAGUGAAAUCAGGGGAAAGUCCAAGGAGAUUGCAAAACUGGUUUCUCUUGAGCUUUGUUUGGCGAUUCUUGAUCUCUUGUAUGUUUGCGAGGACGAAAUUCUACUAGCUACACCCGUUGAACUGACUGGUGCAUCAAUCCUGGUUGCUGCGUACUUGUUGGUUGUGCCUAUUACGAAGUCCAACUUUCCAAUAUUGACAUGGUUACACCUAUCAUCGAACACAAGCACUGGCAGCUUAAAGGAGUGCACUAGAAGAAUAUUGAAAUGUGUUCUAGCCGGUAUCAAUUCUACAGAAACAGCCGACAGUGUGUUGGAACACAUUUUCUGAUGCACACGCAAAUUAAUGCGUGAUCUCCAUCGACAUGAGCAUAUAUGGUGAUGAAAUGGGAGCAAAUUUACGGGAGUGAGAAGAGGAACUCGGACUCUUGGCACUGAGAGAACAAGAUCAUUUUGAAAUCAGUAUACGGAUUUUAAGUUUUGCGCGAGGGAGUCCAAGUCUAAGAGCUUCAAGAUGUAGCAUUUUCUGAUGUGCUUGCCCAUUCUUCGGCGGCUGUCCAUCAGAAGUAGAUAAUAGUUCAUUUUACUUGACAAAUUUUUUGAAAGCAUUAUUGUCAAAAGUAAAGCAUAUUCUGAUUUGACAAUAUUUGUCAGCACUGCUUUCACUGGUCCGAAGAUAGUUGCCCAAAGUUACAAAAGUAUUGGUUGGCAUUCAGGUAUGAUACGAGAACUGUAAAUGCAUGUUUUCGUCCAUCAAACUGUGAUGAAAUAAAGAACUGUUGGAGAUGAAUUCUUUUUAAUAAUCCAA